UCUCAGUCCCCUCCUCUCUCGUACCAGUAACCUCUCUCUCUCUUCCAAGUUUUUGUUCAAACGCUAUAUUAUUGCACUUCGCCCCUCAGUUUUACUGUCAGGCUCAUACUCCCCUGCCAUUACCAUUUAACUAUAAACUCCCACCACCCCAUUCUCUUUCUUCAAUGCAUUAGCCCUGCUUUUCUUUCUCUUCAUCUGCAAUCCCUUUUUUUCUUCUGUUUUCUCUCAGUUGGCAAUUGUUGGUUGAUUGAUCAAUAUUCUGAAUCAACGCCAUUUGAUCUUUUUGAUAUAUCCAUAUAGUGCUGAAAUUGAGGUGAAAGGGUAUAGUUAGGCCUUUGACAUAUAAUCAUAGAAAAAAAUUGAGAAAUGAUGCACAGGUGCAGUAGCUCUCAGGGAAACAUGGUGGGUCCAUGUUCAUGUGGUCUGUUUCAUAGCCAAAGCAACUCCUUCUCGAUGUUAUUUUCCAUGCCAAACCACAAAUCUUUCGAUGAAACAGACAUGUACCCUUUCACUUGCUCUUCAUCUUCUUCCGUGGAUUGCACUCUCUCCUUGGGAACUCCAUCUACUCGUCUUUGCGAAGACGACGACAAGCGUAUCCACCAUGACCACCGCAGUGGUAAUUCUUGCAUGUCCAACUUCUGCUGGGACUUGUUACAGAACAAGAACACACCUUAUUCACAGCAAACACCAAAAGUUAGCCGUGGAAGCAAUGGAAAUAGCAGUAACAGCUCAGGCAAUGAUCCUCUCCUAGCUCGCCGCUGCGCUAACUGUGACACCACUUCUACACCACUUUGGAGGAACGGACCAAGAGGUCCAAAGUCACUUUGCAAUGCCUGUGGAAUUCGAUUCAAAAAAGAAGAAAGAAGAGCUACAGCAGCAAAUGCGAACAACUCAUCAGGUGCAACAGCUCCAAUGCUGGAGCAACAUCAUGGCUACCACCACAACAAUUCAUGGGUUCAUCACUCUCAGAACCAGAAAAUGCCAUGUUUCCCUCCUGUUAAUGAAUUUAGGUUCAUUGAAGAUACUGAUCGAGAUUCUGAUAAUGGCAAUCCCUUCCUUUCUUGGAGACUCAAUGUCACAGAUAGGCCAGCAAGCCUUGUCCAUGACUUUACAAGAUGAGUUAAAAUGGAAGGAAAAAGAAGAAAAAGAAAAGAAACCCCCACCCUAUGGACGGUCUAGAUCAUGCAAUAAUGACUGGAACGUAUCACGAUAAUGAUGUUGAUGAAGAUAUUGUUUG